ACAACAAAGCAUCUGCGGUACCUGGGUUGCUUGACUUUGAUCCUGCAAUAACUGCUAUCGACUGACCACCAGCAUUACGUGCUUCCAUGUACUGAACACCCACUGUCAAGAAUCGGCAAACAUGGACCUUGAAGAUGUCGAAGACAUGCUAUUCAUCACCCCAAGUUCGCAGGAAUCGUUCGACAACCUGUGGGACGAAGACUUCUAUGAUGAGGAGACGCUUGACGUUGCUGACAACGAAUACGAAUCUGACGACGACCUGUUUGAUGCUCCUCUAGAUGUCACAGCAGACUCAUGGCAGCUACUCAGCAGCAGCCCGCUACUCACGCCAGCAGACGCGUCCAUAGCACUACAAGACGAUAUGGUAAUGGGCGGCAGUGGUGACUGCUUGGGGAGUGUCGAAGUACUGUCUGUGGAAGUAGGCAAGAGAAUGCCUCGCGACAGGCAUUGGGUCAUUGCUCGCCUUGAAGCCAUGCUGGAGAGAAUCGUCGAUGGUCUCCUUGAGGGUAGUGAGAGACUCACACUCACCCUCAACAGUCGAGCAGGCAUCUCUAGACGACAGCCAGUUGCGAAGAUUAGCUUUGAAGCAGCACCUGCGCCGAAGGUUCGGCAAAUCUCGUUUCCUGGCAGCAGUGCGCAAGAAGCGUUGAACUUCACUAUCCUACUGCGUAUCAUCGAGCUCGUCCAUGGAGGCCUUGUCGACAACACUAUUAUGACCAAGCGAGAUAUCUACUACAGACAUCCAGACCUGUUCGUAAAGCAAGCAGUCGUUGAUCGAUAUGUUGAUGACCUAGCGUGCACAUUAGGAAUAUCGAGGUCUAAGCUCAAUGUUACCGCUGCUGCCAAGGGGCUUGUUGCAGGAUGCUUCACCAUAAACCGUGAAGACGGUACACAGUUCGAUGGCAUGAAUGGCAAAGAGGGCUUGCUCGUCCCAAAGAUCGGAGAGAAGGAUCGGUUAGAUCUCACGCGAGUUCGCUGGAUCCUCGUCAUCGAAAAAGAAGCCACAUUUCGCUCGCUCCUUAGCGCGACACAAUGGGAGAAGUUGGGCCUAGAUGGGUUGGUCUUGACCGCAAAAGGAUACCCUGACGUAGCUUCUCGAAGUUUCCUACGUCAGUUGACCGAUCACGCACCACACGUACCAAUAUACGCCUUCGUAGACCUUGACCCUGACGGCAUCGCUAUUUUGUCGACGUACAAAUAUGGCUCGUACCGCCUCGCUCACGAAAACGUCGCACCUAAGGAUACACCGGCAUUAAGCCUGCCCAACCUACGCUGGCUCGGUGUAAAGAGGCACCACAUCAGCCGAGUUCCGGUAAACGAAAGUGGUACAGAUACGAGCGCAAUGCCUGAACUUCAGGGCCUGAUGAAGUUGACAGCACGCGACCGUACGAAGGCAACUCGAAUGUUGGAGUGGAAUCUCUGUUGUGAGACUGGGCCAGAGCAGGAAUGGAGGCGUGAGUUGCAAACGAUGCUCAUGUUAAACGUCAAAGCUGAACUUCAAAUCCUUGAGGAGCUGCCAGGAGGUGUGGUCUCUUUCUUGAGUACAAAACUUGGCCAGAUGGAGGAGACAGAAAUCGACGUGGUGGCGAAUCCAGCAUGCUCAGACGAUGGCCUACUCUUUUAGCAUAGCGCCUUCCAUCCGCACAACGCAGGUCUGAC